AUGGUGAGAGCACAACGUUUGGCAAAUUGCAUCAAAUGUCUCUUGUUCACUACAACAUGUAUCAUCGCUUCAUUUGGCCUCUUAUUUCUAAUCGUGGCUAUUUUAGGCAGUACAAAUAUCAUGAAAGGAGCAUUAGUCUUUCCGCCUUAUAUGUUUCCAUUAUGUGGUAUGUUAGGAAUCAUCAUCACGACAGUAGCUACUUUGGAAUUUAUAUCUAUGCAAUAUCAAAGGAAAUGGGUGACCUUUGUCAUCAUCACUUUAGUGAUAGUGGCAAUCAUCCUACAGAUCGUCAUGGGAAUAAUUUUCGAGCAAAAGGAACAGAAUCCAUUUGAAUACAUGACAAAUGAAUGGCAUCAACGUGAUGAUACUUUUAAAAAUCAUCUUCAAGAGGAAUUUGGUUGUUGUGGCUAUGCUAAUGUAUUUGAUGAUGUUGUUCAUAGUGACUCGUGUCCAAUCAAUAGAGUCUUAUACCAAGAUCCUUGUUUUUAUGCGUUGACUAGCUAUAUUGAUAAUCACUUUUAUAAAGUCCACGUUUUCUUAUUGUCUACCUUGGCUAUCGACUUUAUAGCAUUAUUGAAUAUUUUUACCCUCAAAUAUCUACUAAAUAAGAAAGUACCAUCACAUCAGGAGCAACCGAAAAUAGGUCAUACUUCCUUAAAUGACACCAUAUUCUUUUCUCCAUCCAAUUAUAAAGAUGAGGAAUAUGCUAGUUGUAUUGAAAACUUUCAACAAAAAUGUCUCUAAUAAUAAUAAUACUAAAUAUAUAAAACAAGGGGGUGAAUCUAUUGUAAAAUGAAAUAUAUAUAUAUAUGAUGUAUAUAAUAAAAAGUCUAUAAUAUUGAAUAAGGGGGAAUCUAAGUUUCCAAGGUAGUAGUAGUAGUAUGUUCUCCAGUCGUUUGUUGGUAUAGAGGUAAUUUGAUGUCCGCAUUAACCGAUAAUGAUGGUAAUUGUUCAAGAGCAUUUUGAUUUAGAUAAGACAAAUAAGAAUUCCAUCCAAUAGCAAAAGUUCCAUUAACAAGAGGUCGAUACAUUAAAGGUACCAUACUGAAUACAAACAAGUUUGCGAAAGGCCAGAAUCGAUAUGCAUUCAUCAAUCCUUUAAAGUAACUCUAAAUAUAGAUAUGAGUCAUUUAGAUACAAUUUUUAUUUUAU